UUGGCCGUGACGCGCGGCCCAGGGGAAGACCACAUAGAUCUCACCAGAAUGCUACGACCAUCGAGGUUUCUCACCCGACGACUCGUGUAUGGGAAUCACUUUGCGCGCCUCGCUUUUUGAGAGAAACUUAAUUUUUUAAUUUUUUUUAAGAGACACGGUGAAUGCGGUGAAAGCGGCGGAGACCUCCGGAUCACGAAAUGUUGGGAUGGAAGGCGCAGACUUUGACUCGCCGUCUCCAACAGGAGUAUGAAGUCCUACUUCACGGGUGUGAGAUCUCCGAGAGUGAAACUCUGUUGCCUUGGGAUAUCGCUACACGCUUUCGGGGAAACACUAUAAAGUGGGAAACGGUUACCAUCUCGCAGUCCCCGCAACAUGGCCUCGGCUGCUAAUGCGCCCUCCGAGCAGGAAAACAGAGACCCCGAUCGGCCGAGGAUAACGCGGAGGAACAGGGGGGACUAUACCCGCAGCACACCGCUGGAUUUGGAGUAUUUGCAGCGGCCGAGCUACUGCGAUGCGGGCUUUGCUUUGGAGCAAAUCACAGAGGGGAAGGCGACUGGGAGGAAAGCACCUCUGUGGCUGAGAGCGAAGUUCCAGAGACUUUUAUUUAGGCUGGGCUGUUACAUACAAAAGAACUGCGGAAAGUUUUUGGUUGUGGGCCUCAUGAUUUUUGGAGCUUUCGCUGUGGGCUUACGGGCAGCUAAUUUGGAAACGGACGUGGAGAAACUCUGGGUAGAAGUCGGUGGGCGCGUGAACCAGGAACUGAAGUACACGCGGCAGAAGAUAGGCGAGGAGGCCAUGUUCAACCCUCAGCUGAUGAUCCAGACGCCGCGGGAGGAGGGAGCCAAUGUUCUAACGGUGGACGCGCUCCUGCAGCACCUGGACUCAGCUAUCCGAGCCAGCAGAGUUCAUGUUUACCUUUACAACAGACAAUGGAAAUUAGAAAACUUAUGCUACAAAUCAGGAGAACUAGUCACGGAAACUCAUUUUGUGGAUCAGAUCAUAGAAAAGCUACAUCCCUGCCUCAUCAUCACCCCUUUGGACUGUUUCUGGGAGGGAGCUAAACUCCAGUCUGGAAUGGUCUAUCUCCCCGGUAAAGACCCUCUACAAUGGACCAACUUUGACCCCAAGGAGUUCCUCGAGGACUUACGAAGGGAAAACUUCCCCGUGGAUGGCUUUGAGGACAUGUUGGAGAAGGCAGACGUCGGGCACGGCUACAUGGAUAGACCCUGUCUGAACCCUGCUGACCCUGACUGCCCCCUGACUGCACCCAAUAAGAACUCAACCAAGCCAUUCGAUGUGGCGCGGGCCCUGAGCGGCGGCUGCCAUGGUCUGUCCAGGAAGUACAUGCACUGGCAGGAGGAACUGAUCGUAGGAGGGACCACCAAGAACGGCAGCGGACCCCUGCUCAGUGCCCAGGCCUUACAGACCAUGUUCCAGCUGAUGACUCCCAAGCAGAUGUUUGAGCACUUUCGAGGCUACGAGGAGGUUUCCCACAUCAACUGGAAUGAAGAAAAGGCCGCAGCCAUACUGGAAGCCUGGCAGAGGAGAUACUCUGAGGCGGUGCUGCAGAGCGUGGCAGCCAACUCGUCCCAGAAGGUCUUGUCUUUCACCACCACCACUCUGGAAGAUAUCCUCAAGUCCUUCUCUGACAUCAGCGUCAUCCGUGUGGCCAGUGGAUACCUGCUGAUGCUGGCCUAUGCGUGUCUGACCAUGCUGCGGUGGGACUGUGCCAAGUCUCAGGGCGCUGUGGGGCUGGCGGGUGUCCUGCUGGUGACACUGUCCGUGGCAGCUGGUCUGGGCCUCUGCUCUCUCCUGGGCAUCUCCUUCAACGCUGCCACCACGCAGGUGCUCCCGUUCUUGGCUCUGGGAGUCGGAGUGGAUGACGUCUUCCUCCUCGCUCACGCCUUCAGUGAGACCGGACAGAACAAGAGGAUCCCAUUCGAGGACCGGACGGGGGAGUGUCUGAAGAGGACAGGGGCCAGCGUGGCUCUCACCUCCAUCAGUAACGUCACAGCAUUCUUCAUGGCAGCCCUCAUCCCCAUCCCGGCGCUCAGAGCCUUUUCUCUACAGGCUGCAGUGGUGGUGGUGUUCAACUUUGCCAUGGUGCUGCUCAUCUUUCCCGCCAUCCUCAGCAUGGAUCUCUACCGACGAGAAGACAGACGUUUUGACAUUUUCUGCUGCUUCUACAGCCCAUGUGCCAAUCGUGUGAUUCAGAUUGAGCCUCAGGCGUACCUGGAUGGGGCAGACGGGAGUCGCUACAGCCCUCCCCCAUCAUAUCGCACUCCUCCCCCCUCGUAUCGCACGCCUCCCCCCAGCUACAGCAGCCCCCCUCCUUCCUACAGCAGCCACGGCUUUGCCCAGCAGACCCAAAUCACCAUGCAGUCCACGGUGCAGCUCAGGACGGAGUACGACCCCCGGACUCAGGCCUUCUACACCACCGCCGAGCCCAGAUCUCAAAUCUCUGUGCAGCCCAUCAACCCGGCUCCGGCCAGGAGCAACCCCAACAAUGACUAUUACAACAACAACAACAACAACACCACCAGCAGCAGCAGCAGGAACAGCGGUAGCGGCAAUCACGCCAAUCUCAGCAACAACAACAACAGCGGGAGCCGGAGUAACGGGGGAUCUCGAGGUUCUGCCACCUUCUCCCACCAUCACCCCGCGCCUCCUCCUGCUGCCCCGACAUCAAGCGCCAGCUCAGUUCCUCAGGGCGACGCAGCCUCGUCAACCUGCCAGAGUCCGGAGAACAACAGCUCCACACGGGACCUGCUGUCCCAGAUCGGAGAAGCCUCGCUGGGCCUGCGCUGCCUCGACCCCCCCUGCUCCCGCUGGACCCUGUCCUCUUUUGCCGAGAAGCACUACGCCCCGUUCCUUCUGCAGCCCACCACCAAGGUGGUUGUGAUUGUGCUGUUCCUCUGCCUGCUGGGAGUCAGUCUGUACGGUACCACCCAGGUGAGGGACGGCCUAGAGCUGACGGACAUCGUACCCAGAGAGACCAGCGAGUACGACUUCAUCGGUGCCCAGUUCAAGUUCUUCUCCUUCUACAACAUGUACGUGGUGACGCAGCGGGCCGAUUACGCCCAGAACCAGCCGCUGCUGCACCAGCUCCACCAGAGGUUCCACACUGUUCGCUAUGUGCUGAAGGAGGACAACGGACAGCUGCCACGCAUGUGGCUUCACUACUUCAGGGACUGGCUGCAAGGUCUCCAGCAGGCGUUUGACAAGGACUGGGAGGCCGGCCGCAUCACCUCCAUCAGCUACAGGAACGGCUCUGACGAUGGCGUCCUGGCGUACAAACUUCUGGUGCAGACAGGACGCAGGGAAAAGCCCAUCAACUUCAACCAGCUUACCCGUCAGAGGCUUGUGGAUGCAGAUGGGAUCAUCAACCCUGGGGCUUUUUACAUCUACCUAACCGCCUGGGUCAGCAAUGAUCCCGUGGCGUACGCCGCCUCGCAGGCUAACAUUCGCCCACACCCUCCCGAGUGGUUCCACGACCGUACCGACUCCAUGCCCGAGACACGCCUCAGCAUUCCGGCUGCUGAGCCCAUCGAAUACGCACAGUUCCCCUUCUACCUCAACGGGCUCCGGGAGACGCCACAGUUUGUGGAGGCCAUCGAGAGCGUGCGGGCCAUCUGUAGCAACUAUAGCCGACAAGGCCUGCCCUCCUACCCCAACGGCUACCCUUUCCUGUUCUGGGAACAGUAUGUUAGUCUACGCCACUGGCUUCUGCUGUCCAUCAGUGUUGUGCUUGCCUGCACCUUUCUGGUCUGUGCCCUCUUCCUGCUCAACCCGUGGACUGCCGGCAUUAUAGUGUUGGUGCUUUCUCUCAUGACCGUGGAGCUGUUCGGCUUCAUGGGGCUGAUGGGAAUCAAGCUGAGUGCCGUCCCUGUUGUCAUUCUCAUCGCUUCUGUGGGCAUCGGAGUGGAGUUUACUGUCCACGUGGCCCUGGCAUUCCUGACAGCCAUAGGGGAUCGACACAAGCGGGCAGUGCUGGCGUUGGAGCACAUGUUUGCUCCGGUGCUCGACGGAGCCUUUUCCACUUUGUUGGGUGUCCUCAUGCUUGCAGGCUCUGAGUUCGACUUUAUCGUCAGGUAUUUCUUUGCAGUGUUAGCCAUCCUAACUAUUCUCGGUGUGCUGAACGGAUUGGUCCUUCUUCCAGUAUUACUAUCAUACUUUGGACCCUAUCCAGAGGUAUCACCAGUUGACGGUCGUAGCCGAUUGCCCACCCCGACUCCAGAGGCCCCUCCUCCCGUGGUCCACUUCUCAGUCCGUCCUCACCACACCACCGCGGCCACCGCCACCACCUCUGGUGCAGCUUCAGACUCGUCGGACUCGGAGUACAGCUCCAACACCACAGUGUCCGGCAUCAGCCAGGAGCUGCAGAACUACAACCUGCACCCGCACAGAGGACAACCUCGAGCGGAGGAGCAGCAGUAUCACCUCCAAACCAGCAGGGGCAGAGCAGCCAGGACGGAGGAGGAAAGGAGGGCAGGAUCGGGGCAUCGGCGUUCAGCAAGACAGCCUGAUCCUCCGGCCUAUACUGUGUCCUCGUCUGUCUCCUCUCAGGGUUGUGAUUCUGGGCCCCAACAAGGGGCGACUCAGCGAAACAACAGCAGGGACCCCAAGAGCCAGCUGCACUGGCAGGCCCCACCCCCAGCCCGACCGCGCACGGACGCUUUUGAAACUGCUACUGAGGCUGGGGGCCAUUAUGGCUCACACGGCCAUAGAGAACACUCAGCAGGCCACAGAGGCCGCUCUUCCCACAACCCACAGCCUAAUCACCACCUCCCACACCACCACCCCAACCCCACCCCGUACUGCCAACCCAUCACCACAGUAACGGCGUCGGCCUCCGUCACUGUCGCCGUUCACCCGCCGCCCCCCUUGUCCGGCCAGAGCCCUGCUUCCUCUUACCCAGGAUACACUGCAGCGGACAGUUACUGCCCAUCAGGGCAAGAGGAGCCAGAGCCUGCCUUUCAGGACCCACAUGUGCCACUGUACACCCACACAGGGGCCAGAGGAGUCAAGGUGGAGGCCAUGGAGCUCCAAGAUUUGGAGUUUGAGGCAGCUGAAAGCAACAGUGGCAGACGGGCUAGCUGAGUUCUGGAGAACAGAAGUACUACGGCCAAAGAUGGACUCCUCUGUAUUACUAAGCAGCUGACCCGGCCUGGCACAGCCCAGCCCAGCAUAGCCCAACCUGGCCCCCAACCCUAAGCAGCAGAAACUUGCCAGUGUUGCCAUAAUGGUGCUCAUUCUUACUGUAACCCAGUGGACUAUUGUCUUAGAUAUUUCUAUAUUUAAAAGAUGUAUACAUAUGUAAAUAUGAACAAAAAGUAGGUAUAAUUUUUAGGAGCUGUACAACUCCUCAUGUUAACAGACUGGGGCUGCCAUUUUAUAUGGUGUGUGUGUGUGUGUGUGUGUGUGUGUGUGUGUGUGUUUGAGAGAGAGAGAGAUAGAUCUCUGAUUACUGUUCACUUAUCUGUGGAUCUGUGCCAUUAGGAAGCUUCAUCUAGGCAAAAAAUUCCUGUCAGCAUUCACUGUUGCUGCUUAAAAUAUUUUUUAAAUAAUAUACAUUUAUAACUCUAUGCAAAUGUCUCUUUAAACAAAAGAAGUGAUCUGUCUUUGUACAUGUGUGUGUGAGUGUGUAGUAGGUGUUUGUGCGCGCGCGUGUUUGUGUGUGUGUGUGUGUGUGUGUGUGUGUGUGUGUGUGUGUAGGGCUGUAAAAUGUGAAACAGCCCCAUUAUUUUCUGGCUUCUACAUCAGAUACAUCCUCAGAACAGACUAACAUUUACACUCAUCUAAAACAUGAGGGAAAUUGUUAGAAUUAUCAAACAAAGCUAUGGUAUAUAUGUGUGUGUGUGUGUGUGUGUGUUCAUGUGUGAGUGUUUAUUAUUGUAUAAAGGUACGCUUGGAAAACUAUUAAUUUUUUAUCACAAACCUGUGGUAGUUAUGAAACAAUUACUGUUUAACUUGACACGCCAUGCGUGCUAUUUAAGACGAGCUGAUAUGAAGAAAUUUUAAAAGCUGUUUUGUUUUUUUUGUUUUUUUGUUUUAUUUUUAGUUAUCGCCUCGGCAUUGGAACCUGUUUCUGCUCUCAGCUUUGUAUCACUGUCUCUUAGGCUGAUCUCUGGUUGUAUUUUACUGUAAGAGGUUAUGUAUUGUUUAACCCUAGCAGGCUCAAACAGGUUCUGUCUUGUAUACUGACAUAUGAGCAGUGAACCCACCUCAGAAACUCACUUUUUCUUUACAGGGACAUUCACAUUACUGAUUCUGGAACAGGGUCAACACAGGACACUAACUCCUCACGCUCAGUGGCUGUGUCUUGUGGAUAAGCUAAAACUCAGACUGUAUACUGUAUGACCCAAUUCAACGUGGCACUUGACUGCAUUUAUACUUCACUCACAGGAAUAUCUCACCUAAAGUAGCUCUUCUCUCCAUCCAAUAAGCUAGCCCAUUCAGCCUGCUAAGGGCUAAGCCCUAUAUAGCCUGAAUAUGUGCUCUGUGUGUGUCACAUGUGUAUGUAUGUAUAGUCAUUUAUGUGUGUGUGUGUGUGAGUCCAUCCUCUCACUCUGUCUAAGCUCUCCUUUUUUUUUUUGUGACAGUAAAGACAACUGGCCCCAGUUUGGCCACAGCUGUCCCCACUGACCUCAGCUCAUAAAAAUCCACAACAUAAUGCCAUGACACUAAUUGGACGUCUCCCCUCGACUGCUAAAUUGCACAGCCCAGAGCCUCAGGGGUCAGAGUUUACGCCGCCAGCCCCUCUCUCCACCACCAAUGGCCAGUUUAUAUCUGCAUGUGUGUCUAUGCUGGCAUGCAUACCCUGUAAUCUCCCCAGGCCCCUUUCGCCUCCCCCCCUCACACACUCCCUUCCACACCUCCACUUUUACACUCUGGCUUCCUGUUGAACACUUGUAGCUCUUCCCAGAAGUCUUUGCAAUUCCCCUCGUCCCCCGAGUUACAUCAGCUGCUUGCAUGAAAUAGGUUGUUCUGUUUUGUUUUGUUUUAUUUUUUUUUAUUUUGUUUUCUCCCGAUGUCACAUUGGCAGUAGCGGAGAGAAUCAUAGCUGGCAACUAUUUUAUUCAUUUUUAAAUGUUUUGUUUGUUUUCGUUCAAUUGCGAUAUUUAUAUUUUUGUAAUAUAAAAUAUGUUGGGUUUUUUUUUCUUUUCUUUAUUGUUGUGAUGCCAGUGGAUAACAAAUGCAGGGAUUUUUAUGUCUAUUGAAAAAAAAAAACACUAUUACAGUUUAAUGUUUUUACAUUAAUGGAGUUUGAUCUGUAUAAAGUGCUUACUAAUGUUAAAUAGGAAAAAAAAAAAGAGUAUAUAACAUUUUACACUACAGGUCUCAUCAUAGCUCUUAGAGGAUUUUAAAAGGAAAAAAAAAAAAAUCAUUGGUUCUUCCAGACUGCCAUUUUGGUCUCGGUUGGUGUGGAUGUAUGCUGUUUUCAGUUACAAAGAUAAAUGUAUGCCAUAUAAUUUAUUUAUAUGAAAAUUUAUUUUUGUAGUGUACAUAGUAGUUGUCAAGGUAUUUGACAGAAGUAUAUUUUUAAAGAGUUUAUAUGUAAUGAUAUACCAUAACAGAAAAAAAAAAAAGCCUUAAGGUGCACACUUUCAUUGCUAACUGUCUCGUGAGACAACAUUGACACCUCCCCUUCAGUAUUAUGUUCCGAUCCUAGGAGAGAGACAGCUGUUUCUAUGGGUUUGUCAAAGGCUAGCCAUGAAAGUAGAAAAUUGUACUAGCUCUCUAAAUAUUAAUGUUCAAACACUGAUAGAAUUCUAACAAAUAAAAAUAUAACUUAUUUGUCUCUUUGUUCAUAACUUUAAUAAAUGGAAACUUAAAAAAAUGA